AGAGAGCGGAGGGGGAGGAGGAGGGAGGGACCCGCCUGCUGCUCGGCAGCCCGGCAAGUGUGGCUGCAGGCGCCUGUCGCCACUGCCGUCCCGGGGCUGAGUGGCAUCCAGGUGCCCAGGACCGUGCGUGCUCCAGCGCGUGCGUUACCGAGGGUGAGCGCCGAGCCGGCCCCAGCCUCCAGCUCGCUCUCCCGGGCCGCGGUGCAUGUUCGCCUCCUGCCACUGUGUGCCGAGAGGCAGGAGGACCAUGAAAAUGAUCCACUUUCGGAGCUCCAGCACCAAAUCACUCAGCCAGGAGAUGAAAUGCACCAUCCGGCUGCUGGACGACUCGGAGAUCUCCUGCCACAUCCAGAGGGAGACCAAAGGGCAGUUUCUUAUUGACCACAUCUGCAACUACUACAGCUUGCUGGAGAAGGACUACUUCGGCAUUCGUUACGUGGACCCAGAGAAGCAGCGGCACUGGCUUGAACCUAACAAGUCCAUCUUCAAGCAAAUGAAAUCUCAUCCACCAUACACCAUGUGCUUUAGAGUGAAAUUCUACCCACAUGAACCCCUGAAGAUUAAAGAAGAGCUCACAAGGUACCUUCUGUACCUGCAAAUUAAGAGAGAUAUUUUCCACGGUCGACUACUCUGCUCCUUCUCAGAUGCUGCCUACCUGGGUGCGUGCAUCAUUCAAGCUGAGCUCGGUGAUUACGAUCCUGAUGAGCAUCCUGAGAAUUACAUCAGUGAGUUUGAGAUUUUCCCUAAGCAGUCACAGAAGCUGGAAAGAAAAAUGGCAGAAAUCCAUAAAAGCGAACUCAGAGGCCAGAGCCCACCGGUUGCUGAAUUUAACUUACUCCUGAAAGCUCACACUUUGGAAACCUAUGGGGUGGAUCCUCACCCAUGCAAGGAUUCAACAGGCACAACAACAUUUUUGGGAUUCACUGCUGCAGGCUUUGUGGUAUUUCAGGGAAAUAAGAGAACCCAUUUGAUAAAAUGGCCAGAUGUCUGCAAAUUGAAGUUUGAAGGGAAGACAUUUUAUGUGAUUGGCACCCAGAAGGAGAAAAAAGCCAUGUUGGCAUUCCAUACCUCAACACCAGCUGCCUGCAAACAUCUCUGGAAGUGUGGGGUGGAGAACCAGGCCUUUUAUAAGUAUGCCAAGUCCAGUCAGAUCAAGACUGUGUCCAGCAGCAAAAUAUUUUUUAAAGGAAGUAGAUUCCGAUACAGCGGUAAGGUUGCCAAAGAGGUGGUGGAGGCGAGUUCCAGAAUCCAGAGGGAGCCUCCGGAGGUGCACAGAACCAACAUUUCCCAGAGUCGCAGUUCCCACUCCUUGAACAAACAGCUCAUUAUUAACAUGGAGCCCCUGCAGCCCUUGCUGCCUUCCCCCAGCGAGCAGGAAGAGGACCUUCCCAUGGGUGAGGGUAUUCCUUUGCCAAAAGAAGAUGACAUUUCUGCCCCCUUGAUCUCCAGCUCACCGGUGAAAGAAGCCCGGGAGUAUGAAGACCCCCCAAGCGAAGAGGAAGAUAAAAUAAAAGAAGAGCCUUUGACUAUCUCUGAACUGUCAUAUAACCCCAGUGCAAGCCUACUCCCCACCCCAGUUGAUGAUGAUGAGAUUGACAUGCUCUUUGACUGUCCAUCUAGGCAUGAGUUGGAAAGAGAAGACCUAGAUUCAUUUGAGGAACUGGAAGCAGAUGAAAAUGCCUUUUUGAUGGCUGAAGAAGAGGAGCUAAAGGAGGCUCACCGAGCUUUGUCAUGGAGCUAUGACAUUCUGACCGGCCAUAUUCGGGUGAACCCACUGGUCAAGAGUUUUUCCAGGCUCCUUGUGGUGGGCCUGGGGCUGCUGCUCUUUGUAUUCCCCCUGCUCCUCCUCCUUUUGGAGUCAGGUAUUGAUCUCUCCUUCUUAUGUGAAAUCCGCCAGACGCCAGAGUUUGAGCAGUUUCACUAUGAAUAUUACUGUCCUCUCAAGGAGUGGGUGGCUGGCAAAGUAAACCUCAUUCUCUAUAUGCUGGGUUGCUCAUAAAAUACAUAUCUCAUAUUACUAAGGGCUAUAUUCAAUAUUAGUGAUGUGUAUUUCUCAAGCAAAUGCCUGGUUCUGAAUGGUCAAGGAGCCGUCAACACGUGUUCCUUACUCAAAAUUAAUUAUUCAGACCUUUAAGUUAGCUUUCCAUAAUUCACUGCACUUAAUAAGUUUAAAUCAAACACAGUAAUUUCAGUUAUAGGUCAGGGAGUUGGCCUCUAAAUAACCCAAAAUGUUUAUUUUUAUUAUAUCACAGGCAGACUCUUUAUCUAUUAUAAUACAUUGAGCUGAAUUAGAUUUCCCCCUUUUUAAUAGUUAUCAUCAUUAUAAGAUAUAAGGUUCAGAAUCAGAAUUUUAGUGAAAAUUCAAGAGAAAGUUUUUGAAUAUAAUCCUUAGUGAAAAUAAUGUCCUCUAACCAAUGCCUAUACUGUUAAAUUAAUGCUGGGUUUUUGUUUUUUUAAAAAUAUUUUUAUGUGUUCAGAAUAUUUUGGUAAAUUUUUAGCAAAAAACAAAAGAAAAAAAGAAAAAAAAGAAGCCUCCUGGAGUUAUUGUACAGACUGUAAGACUAAUGCACAAAGGGUAUGUUGGGAAUUUUUUAAUGUUUCGGCCCAGGUUUGUUUUUAAAAAUAAUUUUGGGUAAAAAAAAUCCCAUAAUUUGUUGUUAGCUGCAUAUGAGAUAGAAAAUAGGUAGAAAGACUGUAGUAAGUAGGCUCCUAAAACAUGAUGGAACCGGAGGAUGUAGAAACUGAGCAUCAAAUGGACCACGGGGUCCAUUUUCAAAAGUAUUUGGAUGAGAGGACUUGCUACUUUCAUUUGCAUUCUGUCCAUAUAUUUUGGCUAAGGAAGCAAAACUUUAAAGGAAAAAGUAAAGAUAUAUGCCAAUUAAUUGCAUGUUAUUGUACAUUUAUCCAUGAGUGGAAGCAGAUGUUGGACAAAUGGCAAGUAGCAAAAACUGUUUUGGUGAGGCUGGUAGGCAAGUGGUGGUAGGAAGGUGAUCUAUUUUAUGGAGGUGAUGGUGAUGCAAGGUAUUGGAUACUGUAAGGAACAGCACACUCGCUGUCCACGUUGACAUGAAUAUAUUUAAGUGGCUCUAAAUAAACGUGGAGAAAUGUUAAGGGACAUUUUGGUUCCUCAUGCCAUUCAUUGUGUUUCUGUGGAAGAAACCUUAAAAGAAGUAUGUGUAUGUGAGAGAGGGGGUGGGAGAGAAUGGAUUCUGGCUUUCUGAUAAAUGCCAAUUAUCUUUUGUGAUAGUAAUUAUAUUCCUUUCCUGGUUUCUUUAAGAACUCAUUCAUAAUUGGGGCUCUCGUUAAGGAAGUAGGCGGGAUUCAUUAAAUGACAUAUUUCAGCUUGGGUGAAGUAGUGAGAUUCAGUAGAAGGGACAAAUGUUCUAGUACCUUCCUUCAUACCAUUAAAUCCAUGACAGAAAGGCCCGGAUGCCUUCCCAGGCAGCAUAAUGACCAAUCCUGCGGUAUACCGUACGUGAGAAAGGUAAGAGCAAAGAGGUUUGGAUUUCUCCAUGAAUUGAAAAUGGUCCAUUGCCUUCAUUUACAAAGAGAUUGGGCUUCCUGUAAUCUCUCCCUAACUCCAAUGGACACUUCAGUUUUAUAUUAGCGUAAUCUCCACACUGGUCAUUCCAGUCCUACUUACUCAUGGAGCUCUGAGUGCUUUAUUAGAUAUUCAAUUUUGAAAGUAAGUUUUAAAAGUUAGCUUAUGAAGCCUUCAGUUAAGCAAACUAUAAUAUUCAUUUCAUAUUAAGUUUGUAGGGUGUUCUUUCUCAUGGGCUUUCUUUUUGCGUUUUAAUGUUUCAUACCUGAAAUUGGAUAACAAUAUAUACACAUAUAUUUUCUAUAGUUCAUUUUGGAAGUUUGCAAAUGACCGGCUUUGAAAUUGAAGUUAUUUCCCCCCGCUUCCUUUUCAUACGACAUUGAAGUCAUACUUUCUGAUAAAAGGGCCCACCAGUGUCCCCUUUCUGAUUAUGCUUCAAUUUCUGACCAUGCCAAAUCAUCUAGCUUUCGUCCUUUAAAAUAAUAUUUUUAAAUUAUGGAAGAAAUAUAUUGCCCAUCAUAAGACAUUUGAAAACUACUGACAGGAUAAAUAUCACAUGUAGUCCAACCAUGCAGAUCUAUAUUAAUUAGUAAUACAUUUAUUAUUUUUACAUUUCCAGCUAACAUCUCUUUUUUCUCUUAGGCGAAAACUUGAUUAUUGAAUAGAAAUAUUUUAAGUGAAGGAGUUGACAGGAUAGGGUUGGCUGAAUUUAAACAAUAGUCACCAAAAGUAAAAGUGGGAUAGAAUAAGAGCCAUUUUAGGAAUACCACUUAAGUUUGGUAGAAGACUUGUCACCAGCUGCCUGAAUGAAAUGAGAAAAAGACUGCUUCCAAGAUGGAAAGUAUAUAAUAAUAUAGUGAGAUACAGUGGUCAAAGCAAGUGUGUGAGUAUAUGUAUAGUCCAUAUUAUUGGCAUAUGUGUUUAUGUAUGAAUAUAUGUCACCCCACUGAUAUGCCCCUCAUACACAGUUGUGUUUACUUUUUCCCAAUUGAGGAAUUUGUGAUGUUAUUAUUCCUUUUCCCCUAUCAGUUAUCAUGGUGGAUAAAACAGUCUCAAAGGUUUCAAUUUCUCAUGAAAAUCACUGUGUGUACAUAAUUAUAAAUAUACACACACAUAUAUGGCAAAUACAUAUACACACACAAUCUUGUCUUUAGUGCUAUUGCAAGUUGGAUCAUGAAAAAGUGUAGGUAAAGUAUCGUGUUUCUGUCUGUGCUUGGAACAUGUAAAAUGUUAUGUAUUUGGAAUAUAUUUUGUGGCUUGUCUAAUAUUUAUAAAAUCAACUCUGGGAAGAAUUCAAUAUGAAUUGAUUUCAUUGAAAUACUAGGGAUAUGGGGGCCAUGUUACCUAUAAUUGGAGCCUUAUCUUUGUAUAGUGAAAUUUGCAUUUCUAUGUCAACAUUCAGAUUGUUUUAUAUGUUAAUAUGGUGGCAGAAAUCCCUAAUAAACGUACUCUGGGGAAAAAAUGUUUCAGCAAUCAUUUAGUUUUAUUCACAGCAAAACUGUAUAAAUAGCCUGUUGGAAACUACAGAAAGGUGCCAUCUAGGACCAUGAAAAGAGGUCACCCUUGAAUGGUGACAGUGUGAAAAACAUGACAGACAAUGGAUGGGAGUAAUAUUUUGCAGAAGCCACCCUGGCUAAAAGCAGGAAUAUUGGGUGUACUGGAAAUACACCCAUCUGAGAGACAGCUAUGGCACCAAGGUAACUAGAGAAACAGAAAAAAAAUAGGAGUGUUCUGCAUGACAGGUAGGAGGGAGGAGGAAAGAUUUUAGAGUGCUAGAAAUUAGUAUGUCACCAUUUCUGGCCAGAAAAGGGUGUCUUCCUGUGCUAGGAAUCGUUACGCAGCUUCGGCUCUGCAACACUUGCCAUUCACCUUCUCCUGCCUGUUCAUGGCCCUGGGAGAAUUUGCCGUUUCUAUUCUCUCCCUAUCUUCUCCUCCAUGCAGCAUGGCCCUCUGCUUUGGUUUGUCACAAAGCUAAAACUGCACACCUGACAGUGAAAUCAGAGGGUUUUAUUCUGCAUGAAGCAAAAGGGACUCUCUGUGCUACAGGAACACCAUGUGUCCUGUGGAACUGUACCCCAGCUGUGUGGCCUCUUAAGUCUAUCAAGUUCUUCCCCCCCCCGCCCAGUUUUAUCGAGAUAUAAUUAACAUAUGACACUGUAUUAGUUUUAGGUAUACAACAAUGAUUGAGUUUAGCAAAAUCCAUUACCUAACAGUUACAAUUUUUUUCUUGUGAUGAGAACUUUUAAGAUCUAACUCUCUUAGCAACUUUCAAAUAGGCAAUACAGUAUUAUCAACUGUACUCACCAUACUGUAUAUUAUACCCUCUGAACUUAUUUAUCUUACAAUUAGAAAUUUGUACCUUCUGACCCCUUUCAUCCAUUUCACCCAUUGGAGGUGUGGGGGGGUGUGGAGUCUGUCAAGUUCAAGUUCUUACUCAGCAGUCCCCAGAGGUUCAGGAUCUAGAGUACAGGCAAGAAAAGGAAUCCGUGGUUAGUGUGCAGGCAUGAGCUGACAUGGACCUACUGUCCCAGCUCUAGUCAGUACCUUUUUGGGGGUUUAGUAUCUGCAGACUGGAAGGCUCGCACAAAAUGGUCUUUGGCCACUUAGUUGUUGAGUGUUCCAGGCUCCCAACCCAACUUUGCCUCUUGGUAGAAACCCUUUCCUUAUUCUAUCAUUUCUUGCUCAAAUAAAUAGAGGAAAGAUCUCUUAAACACACACUCCAGCUUGGAAGGAAAGUACUGGGGAGGAGCUUCCACCUGUGGGGUAAUCUCGGGAUGGUUAUGAUUGAUGAAUUUGAGACUCUUUGGGCCAUCUUUCUCUUCUGGGUGGAGAUAUUGUGCUAAAAGUCCCUGCUUACUUGUCCUCCUGCUUCUCUCUCUCUCUCUCUCUCUUUCUCUUGGACCUGCUUUUGGGC